AUGCCUGCGUGCUCCAGCAACAGAUUUUUUUUCUCUUUAGUUGCUGACAAGGCUGCCUACCUGAUGGGUCUCAACUCAGCAGACCUUCUCAAGGCCCUGUGCUAUCCCCGAGUCAAAGUUGGGAAUGAAUUUGUGACCAAGGGUCAGACUGUGCAGCAGGUGUACAACUCAGUCGGUGCUCUGGCAAAGGCUGUCUUUGAGAAGAUGUUCUUGUGGAUGGUUGUUCGCAUCAACCAGCAGCUGGACACCAAGCAGCCUAGGCAGUACUUCAUUGGGGUCCUGGACAUCGCUGGCUUUGAGAUCUUUGAUUUCAACAGUCUGGAACAGCUGUGCAUCAACUUCACCAAUGAGAAACUGCAACAGUUUUUCAACCACCACAUGUUCGUGCUGGAACAGGAAGAGUACAAGAAGGAAGGCAUUGAAUGGGAGUUCAUUGACUUUGGGAUGGACUUGGCUGCCUGCAUUGAGCUCAUCGAGAAGCCCAUGGGCAUCUUCUCCAUCCUGGAAGAGGAGUGCAUGUUCCCCAAGGCAACUGACACCUCUUUCAAGAACAAGCUCUAUGACCAGCAUCUGGGCAAGUCCAACAACUUCCAGAAGCCCAAGCCUGGCAAAGGCAAGGCUGAGGCCCACUUCUCCCUGGUGCACUAUGCUGGCACAGUGGACUACAACAUCUCUGGCUGGCUUGACAAGAACAAGGACCCCCUGAAUGAAACUGUUGUGGGGCUGUACCAGAAAUCAUCCCUGAAGACACUGGCCUUACUGUUUGCCUCUGCUGGCGGAGAAGCAGAGAGUGGUGGUGGUGGCAAGAAGGGAGGCAAGAAGAAGGGUUCUUCUUUCCAGACUGUAUCAGCUCUUUUCAGGGAGAACCUGAACAAGCUGAUGACCAAUCUACGGAGCACUCACCCUCAUUUUGUGCGCUGUAUCAUCCCCAAUGAAACAAAAACUCCCGGUGCCAUGGAGCAUGAACUGGUGCUGCAUCAGCUGCGUUGUAAUGGUGUGCUAGAAGGAAUCAGAAUUUGCAGAAAGGGAUUCCCCAGCAGAAUCCUCUAUGCAGAUUUCAAACAGAGAUACAAGGUGCUUAAUGCCAGUGCCAUCCCCGAGGGACAGUUCAUUGAUAGCAAGAAAGCUUCUGAGAAACUCCUUUCAUCUAUUGAUGUGGACCACACCCAGUACAAAUUUGGUCACACCAAGGUGUUCUUCAAAGCUGGGCUGCUGGGACUCCUGGAGGAGAUGAGGGAUGAGAAGCUGGCACAGCUCAUCACUCGCACACAGGCCAGGUGCAGGGGCUUCCUGAUGAGAGUGGAGUACCAGAGAAUGGUGGAGAGAAGGGAAUCCAUCUUCUGCAUCCAGUACAACGUUCGUUCAUUCAUGAAUGUCAAGCACUGGUCCUGGAUGAAGCUGUUCUUCAAGAUCAAGCCCCUGCUAAAGAGUGCAGAGUCUGAGAAGGAGAUGGCCAACAUGAAGGAAGAGUUUGAGAAGACCAAGGAAGAGCUUGCAAAGUCUGAGGCAAAGAGGAAGGAGCUGGAGGAGAAAAUGGUGUCCCUGCUGCAGGAGAAAAAUGAUCUGCAGCUCCAAGUGCAGGCUGAAGCGGAUGCCUUGGCUGAUGCUGAGGAAAGGUGUGAUCAGCUCAUCAAAACCAAAAUCCAGCUGGAAGCCAAAAUUAAGGAGGUGACAGAACGGGCUGAGGAUGAGGAGGAAAUUAAUGCUGAGCUGACAGCCAAGAAGAGGAAACUGGAGGAUGAAUGCUCAGAGCUGAAGAAAGAUAUAGAUGACCUGGAGUUAACAUUGGCCAAGGUUGAGAAGGAAAAGCAUGCCACCGAAAACAAGGUGAAAAACCUCACAGAGGAGAUGGCAGCCUUGGAUGAGAACAUUGCCAAGCUGACAAAAGAGAAGAAAGCCCUCCAAGAGGCCCAUCAGCAGACACUGGAUGACCUGCAGGCUGAAGAGGACAAAGUCAAUACGCUGACCAAAGCUAAAACCAAGCUGGAGCAGCAAGUGGACGAUCUGGAAGGGUCCCUGGAACAAGAGAAGAAGCUGCGCAUGGACCUUGAGAGAGCAAAGAGGAAACUUGAAGGUGACCUGAAGUUGGCCCAUGAUAGCAUAAUGGAUUUGGAAAAUGAUAAACAGCAGCUGGAUGAGAAACUGAAGAAGAAAGACUUUGAAAUCAGCCAAAUCCAGAGCAAAAUUGAGGAUGAGCAAGCCCUGGGCAUGCAGUUACAGAAGAAGAUCAAGGAGCUGCAGGCCCGUACUGAGGAACUGGAGGAGGAAAUUGAGGCAGAGCGAACCUCUAGGGCCAAAGCAGAGAAGCACCGAGCUGACCUCUCCAGGGAGCUGGAGGAGAUCAGUGAGCGCCUGGAGGAAGCAGGAGGGGCUACGGCAGCUCAGAUUGAUAUGAACAAGAAGCGCGAGGCAGAAUUCCAGAAGAUGCGCCGUGACCUCGAAGAGGCCACGCUGCAGCACGAAGCCACGGCUGCCGCCCUGCGGAAGAAGCAUGCGGACAGCACAGCGGAGCUUGGGGAGCAGAUUGACAACCUGCAACGAGUCAAGCAGAAGCUGGAGAAGGAGAAGAGUGAGCUGAAGAUGGAGAUUGAUGACUUGGCCAGCAACAUGGAGUCUGUCUCCAAAGCUAAGGCAAGUCUGGAGAAGACAUGUCGAGCAUUGGAAGAUCAGCUGAGUGAGAUUAAGACAAAAGAAGAGGAGCAUCAACGGAUGAUCAAUGAUAUUAAUGCUCAAAGAGCUCGUCUGCAUACAGAAUCAGGUGAAUAUUCGCGCCAGGUGGAGGAGAAAGAUGCUCUGAUUUCUCAGCUGUCUCGAGGGAAACAGGCAUUCACUCAACAGAUUGAGGAACUCAAGAGGCACUUAGAAGAGGAGAUAAAGGUAAGGAGGUUUUCCAAAAUUCUGUCUUAUCCAGUGGAUUUUCCUAACCAAAAGGUUUUUCAGGCACAUAUAAAAUUAUAGAAACGUCAUGUUUCU